GGUAAGGAAAUAAACCCGGAACGUAAACAAGAACCCGCUGACUGUGUCAUUUCCGGUCUGGCAAUUUUCACAUUCAAUAAAAUGGCAACGCCGAGUGGUGGCACGUCCAAGCGUUUAGUCCAGUAUGUCAUCGUCCGAUCAGACCUGAUACACGCUUUAUCAUGGCCUUUAGGGGCGGUUAUAACUCAAGCCUGUCAUGCGGCCACUGCAGCCAUUCAUUUACACUACAGUGACCCUGACACACAGGAAUAUUUGGCAGAACUGGACAGCAUGCACAAAGUGGUACUUCAGGCACCAGAUGAGGCUUCUCUCUCCACUCUUUCCAGUACUCUACGUGAAAAAGAUAUAGCACAUAAACUAUGGAUGGAGCAGCCAGAGGAUAUCCCCACAUGCUUGGCUUUGAAGCCCUACCCUAAGGAGACUGUGCAGCCCUUUCUAAAAAAGUUCAAGCUUUUCAAAUGAAUUCUGCAUGUAUUGUACAAUAUAAACACAAACACUGGUCAGAAUGGAAUGUAGCAUUAAGAAUGAAGUUGUUGGAACAGUCUUACCAUCACAUUUUUUUGACUUUCAUCCACAUUUUGUCUCCUGUUAUAUCUGUGUAGCAAAAUGCUAAUUAGUUAUGGAAUUGUACCAGUAUGGCGAUUUAAAUAUAUUGAAAAAACAUUUUUAAAAUUUGAAA